GCCGCCGCCGCCGCGGCCGCGCCGAGCGCCGGCCCCUCCCCCGCGCGCCCCGCGCCGAGCACCGCCCGCAUCCAGCCGACGGCCGGCGCCGCGGUCGAGAUCCCCGUACCGGCGUGCGACGUAGAGGUACAGGCAGGCAAAUUCAUCCCCUACACCACCAGCUUUCCCUGGCUGUGACUAUAUUGUCAGGCAAGCGUUCCUGAGAAGACAAGUUCCUCAUUCAGCCGUACAAGUGAUGGUAUCGUCCUUAUCAAAAAAUACCUUAUCGCAAUAUUCGUCCAGCUUAAAAUUGUGGUGGCAAUAUUGCCAAAUUAAUGAAAUUAAUGAUAUUUUUGAUGUAAAAAUCAAUAACUUAAUAGAUUUUCUUAAUCGUUGCCUACAAGAUGGUGCAUCUUAUGGUACGUUAAAUAACCAUCGUUCGGCUAUUUCGUUAAUUUCAGUUAAUUGUAUUAGUCAAGAUGAUUGUCUUAAAAGAUUCUUCAGAGGAGUUUUUAGAUUAAAACCUUCCUUCCCAAGAUACACUGUUACAUGGGAUCCUAUGAUUGUAUUAAAUUAUUUUUCAAAUUUAUUUCCUAACGAAACCUUGCCGAUUGAACAUAUUACUAAAAAACUUGUUAUUUUGUUAGCUUUAGCAACUGGUCAGAGAACGCAAACAUUAUCAUUGAUUCGUUUAAACAAUAUUCAAAGAUUUAAUAAUAGAAUUAUUAUUAAGAUAACCGACAUGGUCAAAACGUCUGCCGUUGGAAGAUCUCAACCUAUAAUUGAUUUGCCAUUUUUUGAUGAAAAAUGUAGUAUUUGUGCAGCGAAAACACUUCUAGCCUAUAUUAAUGUUACUCAAAAUAAUCGGCCUAUAAAUGAAACAAAGCUUAUACUAACUUAUAAGAGACCUUACCAUGCCGCAUCGUCCCAAACAAUCGGACGGUGGAUAAAGCAGGCUAUGGAAGAGAGCGGAGUCGAUGUCGAUAUGUUCCGCCCACAUAGCACGCGUCACUCGGCCACGUCGGCAGCUAGCCUUGCUGGUGUUUCAGUAGAUAUCAUUCGAAAAACUGCUGGCUGGUCGGGCGAGUCCGCAGUAUUUGCGAAUUUUUACAAUAGGCCGAUCAUAAAUCAUAAUAAUUUUACCGAAUCGGUAUUCAGAGAGUUAUGAUUAUAAGGUGUAUUUAUUAUGUAAUAGUUAUAAGGAUAACUAUAUUUUUGUUUCCAUUUACAAUAAAAAAACCUAUUUUAUGAUUGAUAUAUUUGUUUUGCUUAUCAUCGACAACAUUGAUAACCUCCAAACAUCUACAUGGUAAAUUUAAAUCUCGAGACGAAGCCGGGAUAAUUAGAUGAUCAAACGAACUUACCUGAAGUGAAGUUCGAUCUUAAUUAUCCCGGCUUCGUCGAAGAGAUUUAAAGUCCCAACCCUCCCGUGCUGGCUAAUGUUGACAAUUAACCAGUACCCAUAAAUCUGUCCAAUGUUGUCCAUGUACUUAACUCUAAAUAUAAUGACGGGCCAGACUAGCGGCGGAGUGAACCUACCGUACUGGGUAGUUGGAGUGGGAAAACUUGUUUUUUGUCUUUCUUACUCUAACGUUAAUUAGCUAAAGUGCGAGUGGAAUAGCGCGUAGCGGAGCUACUACAUGGUAAAUUUAAAUCUCUUCGACGAAGCCGGGAUAAUUAAGAUCGAACUUCACUUCAGGUAAGUUCGUUUGAUCAUCUA